AUGGACAAGGUCGAUCCCGAUUUGGCGCCGUUAAAAAAAGCGAGGCGGCCCGUUAUGGUAGCGUGGAAAGUCAUGCAACCAUGGAGUGCUACCGAAGCUGGCCUCUACCCUGUUGCUGGAGGCCCAUGCCUUUUGAUCAGUGCCUCAAGGUCACCAAUCAGCGAUAUCCUGCGCGACGGUGCUAUGACGUUUGUGGGCGUGGUGGUCACCCCAGAGGCGUCGACGACCUCGAGUGCAUGGAGUAGUACCAGUGGCGGCAUGGCAGUUCCUCACGACCCGGCCUUCGACUUUGAUUUUGCCGCCAGCUUAGAUCCCGCGCUGCCGCCAGACGCCAUGGCACACUUCAUGUCCGACGGAGGCUGCGCACAGGGCGGCAUGGAGCUUGAUCUCAUGUGUCUGGACAUGCUACCGACACCGCCGGCGGCCGAGAGCCCACCACCCACGGCAGGGCCGGAGUCGGACCUGCAUGACCUCUUCUUCGACAUUUUCCAUCCGACAUUGCCUAUUAUCAACCGAGCUCGACUAGACGCAGAGCUAGCCCAGACGCCGCCCUCGCUUGGCGUCGAGGUGCUUUCCAAUGCCAUAGCUGCUUUGGGCGCCUGCACCGUGGCCGAACACGGUGGGCGUGGCGGGAGGGCUGAGUCUCACUAUGAGCGGGCUCGAAGUCUACUCGACGAAUGCGAGCGCGAGGAGAGUGGCAUGUGUCUGGCCGGCAUCAACACGCUGCAGACUCUGCGGCCCAACUGCGACCCGGCCUUUGACAAGCAAGUUGCCGUCCCACUGCCCGGCCCCAGCGACUUCCUCAAAGACUACCACGUCGAGGGCUCGCCAGAGGGCGCCACAAUGCCUUCGAUGCAGCAGCUGUUCAACGCCGGAGUCCCGCUAGAGACGCCAGUGUCUGGUUUCGUAGGAAACACCAUCAUGAUCUUCUUGUACCGCCAGUACCUGUACCACACGCGCCGGCCGAGGCAGCAGGGCGAUGCCAUAUCUGGUGCAUUUUGGGACUCGCAUUACAGUAUCGAGAAGGCAAUCGCCUACUGCCGCAACUGCCUGCUCUCUCAUCAUCUUGGUGGCGAGACUCAAAGCGGGGGUGACGGUGAGGAUGGCGUCGACAACCACCCGCACCCAUUUUCCUCCCCCAGCAGAAGCAGCAGCAGCGCUUGUAGCUCCAGAGGAGAAUCACCAGCUACCGAGGGUGGCGGCGGCCCCUCAUCGCUAGAGCCAGUCUCACUCAUAUUCCGGACGAACCUUGACGCCGUCGAAAUCAUCUUGCACGAAGCCGCUCGGCGCAAGGCCGAGCAAGAUAAACUAUGCACCACCCUGGCAGCUGACGCGUCGGCGAAAGCGGCAGCGGCCUCUUUCGACGUGGCCUAA